AUGGCCACGACUGCCACCACGAGUUCGUCUUCGAGGAAUCCACCACUCCAAAAUCUCCAGACAAAGGUGAAGGCGUUGAUGGAGAUGUCAAAGUCCAUAACCACUUUCGCGAGCACUCUGGGGGAAGUUUCUUCAGCCCAACAAAUCCAUGUUUGGCUGGAGAAGCUCAACGAAUUGUGGGAUCGAAUCAACGACGUGCUGAUUGAGGGUGAAAUGCACGUGGAAUAUUCAUCGAAGGAGGCCACUUGUCCGAAUAUACACCAGGACUUCACCACCAAAUACUACAACGCGAAGGCAUCCAUGUUGGAACGCAUAAAGGAGUUGGAGGUCAAUAGCAGCGUUUUGCAUUCCACCAGAAUUAUGGACUCAUCGAUUCAACCGACCAUCGAGCAUGUAAGGCUACCGCAGAUCAAACUGCAAACGUUUGACGGCGACAUCGACCAGUGGCUGAGCUUCCGAGACCUGUAUCUAUCCCUGAUCCACACCAAGGCAGACCUACCGGAGGUUGAGAAGUUGCACUACCUGAAGGGCUGUCUCACCGGAGAGGCGAGGGCUCUCAUCGAUCCGUUGGCGCUCACAAGAGCAAAUUAUCCGGUAGCUUGGGACAUCUUAAUGGCCAGGUACAACGACAGCAAGGUUUUAAAGCGCAGGCAGAUUGGGAACCUGUUCAAACUAGCCAAGGUGACUAAGGAGUCGGCCGUUGAUAUCCAGACACUACUGGAAGAGUUCGAACGCGUCGUGCAGACCCUGGACCAGUUAGUCAAACCAGAGGAGUACAAGGACCUGCUGUCGUUAUGCUGUUGA